GUGUUACAUGGUUCGUCACAGGAUCGGGCUACUAACCCCAACCUGCGUCGUCAAAGGGCGGGUAUAAAACAUGUGUUUCCUACCCAACUCAAGCCCACUGCUCUGAACCGUCCUACAGUAGGUCUUGAAUUCAGGCAACAUUCACAAGGCAGGGAAGAGCCCUGGCUCUCUCGUCUUCGUGUUUCUCACACUCACUCAUUCACCA